AAUAGACGUCUUAAUAGAUUAUGAUAUGAAUUGGUUUAUCGGAGACGAGACGUCCAUUGAAUGGAAAAACUCAUUGAUUCUCGAAAAGCAAAGUCUAUUCUCGAUUGGAAGGGAUGGCAUUAAAGAAUGUUUUACGAGUCACUUAUUGACUCUACAAGAAAUAGCAGUGCAUUUGUGUGGUCUGAACCGGGCAGUGAUCGAGGCCAUCUGGUCGUCCCUUUCACUUGAGCUACUAUAUUUGACCAAUGAUGACGACGAGAGGUUCUCCAUUCAGGCCAAUCCAGUCAUCCUCCGCAAUCUGACCGUCCAGGCGGCCAACGCCCCCAUCGGGUAUCCCGUGUUUGUCUCCCAACCCAUUCUUAUCAAUCACUUGACUUCAUAGUUAUCGUCGACAAUCAAAAC